AUGCCGCAUCGAACGACUUACUUCUUCCCGAGGCAAUUUCCUGAGGGCAGCCCCAAUCAAUCGUCAAAGUUUGUGGCGGAUCACGAGAACAAAUUUUGUGCCACUGAUGUGAAGUCGGAGGAUUUUCAACUCGAGGGGGUCGCUAUCAAAUCGGAUGCAGGCGAAAGUGUCUCCGUCCAUGGAGUCACGGGGGAGAAAAUCCCCGUGAAACAGCUGUCCGCCUAUGUAAAGUGGCUUUCCGAUAAGAAAAAAAAGGAGAAAUCACGGGCGGGGCAUCUGGGCCCCGUGAGGGCGGCCAGGUUGUACGAAAUCGAUGAUACCAUCGAGGAGGAGGAAGAAGUGAAUCAGCCGCUGCUGACACUGCCGCCCGCUGAUGGCCGCCGGCUUUCGAGCAGCGGGAGUAAUUUCAGUGGCGGUGUUGUGGAGCAGGUACAGGGUAAGGAAAGAGGUCUGGAGGGGCAGAUUUCUCUGCCGAGGUUGUCAAGCGCCGGGAGCACGAGCUAUGCCGGAAGUUUGUUUUCGGGGACAACGUUGGACGGAACUUGGUCGCCGGUCACUACUGGAGUGCUCAAGGAAGAUACUACGGAACAAGGCAGUGGGGCCAGGAAGAAUGUAGGCAGUGGGGUAGCCCAGAGGCAAAAGGAGGGCUAUCACUUACAGAUUAUGCUCACCAGAAGGCUUACUGAGCAGGCCUCGCUCACUGCGGAGCCUUUACUUCUUCCCGAGUGUAGAUUCGGUGGAUCUUCAGAUCCUGAAACGGUUUCCUAUCGUCUCUGGGUCAGUGGUUGCCUGUCUUACUCUGACAAGAUUUCAGAUGGGUUCUACAACAUUUUGGGGAUGAACCCUUAUCUAUGGCUAAUGUGCAACGACUUGGAAGAAGGUAAAAAAAUGCCUUCAUUGAUGGCACUAGAAACAAUUGACCCGGAGGACACACCGGUAGAGGUGACUCUCGUUGAUCGACAUGGAGACUCGAAGCUCAGAGAGCUUGAAGAUAAAGCUCAAGGGAUUUAUUUUUCAGCAGAGAGUACACCUGUCCUGGCUGAGAGACUUGGGAAACUUGUAGCGGAGCAUAUGGGGGGCUCUUUCCCUAUGGAGCAAGGUGACUUCAGUCUUGGCUGGAAAUUGAUGAACCAGAGAUUGAAAGAUUUCAACAAGUGCAUUGUGAUCCCAAUCGGUAGUCUGUCUAUAGGGCUCUGUAGGCACCGAGCCAUACUGUUCAAGAAACUCGCAGACUAUGUAGGUUUGCCAUGUCGGAUAGCUCGUGGUUGCAAGUAUUGCAUUUCUGACCACCGAUCUUCGUGCCUUAUCAAGAUAGAUGAUGAGAGGAAGCUUCCAAGCAGGGAACUUGUGGUUGAUCUAGUUGGGAAGCCAGGAAACCUCCAUGGCCCAGACUCAUCAAUCAAUGGAAGUAUACUUUCCGUACCUUCACCGUUACAAAUAUCACAUCUAAAAGAAUUUCAGCAGGAUGGGAAGAGUGAGGUUGAUUGUCAAUUGCUAAACUCAAAGUAUGCUAGUGACAAAAACAAUCCUUUCUAUGCAGUCAAUCUCGGUAAUACAAAGGAUACUAUUAUUCCAGAAAAUGCAAAAGAUGGUGGGUGCACUCCAGUAGUUCUUGAUGCUGCGAUAUCUGAGGACCAUUCCAAGGAAGGAGGUGAUCGAAUUAUUAUAAAACAGACAUACAAAAGGGAAGUUGUUUUAGCAAGAAAUGCAGUUUCGACUCAAGCUGAAAGACAUCCUGAUAUAGUAACCUUCUCUGAAAGCAAAGAUCCUUUGGAGGCGAAUAGCAAGUUUCAAGAUCAUGGGAAAAACCUUGCUUCAAACAUUCCAAGAUAUUUGAAUCUAGAGCCUUCUCUUGCAAUGGAUUGGCUUGAGAUCUCAUGGGAUGAAUUGCACAUUAAGGAACGCGUGGGGGCUGGAUCUUUUGGCACAGUGCAUCGGGCUGAAUGGCAUGGAUCGGAUGUGGCCGUUAAAGUCCUAACUCUCCAGGAUUUUCAUGAUGAUCAAUUGAAGGAGUUCCUACGUGAGGUUGCUAUUAUGAAACGUAUACGUCAUCCGAAUGUGGUACUGUUCAUGGGUGCUGUCACGAAACGUCCACAUCUAUCUAUUGUAACAGAAUACUUGCCAAGAGGCAGUCUAUUCCGACUGAUACACAAGCCAGCUGCUGGUGAAAUUUUAGAUCAGAGGCGAAGACUGCGCAUAGCUUUGGAUGUGGCAAAGGGAAUCAAUUACCUUCAUCGUCUUACACCACCGAUCGUCCACUGGGAUCUGAAGUCGCCAAAUCUGUUGGUUGAUAAGAAUUGGACAGUGAAGGUAUGUGAUUUUGGCUUAUCGAGGUUCAAAGCAAACACAUUCAUAUCAUCAAAGUCUGUUGCUGGAACACCUGAGUGGAUGGCCCCCGAAUUCCUUCGUGGAGAGCCCUCCAACGAGAAAUCUGAUGUCUACAGCUUUGGAGUUAUUUUAUGGGAGCUUGUUACCAUGCAACAGCCCUGGAUUGGUCUUGGUCCUGCCCAGGUGGUUGGAGCAGUUGCUUUCCAAAAUAGGAGGCUUCUGAUCCCACAAAAUACCUCUCCCAUGUUAGUGUCUCUGAUGGAGUCUUGCUGGGCAGAUGACCCCACACAACGACCCUCGUUUGUCAACAUAGUCGACACUUUGAAGAAAUUGCUGAAAUCUCCAUUGCAGUUGAUACAAAUGGGCGGACGAUGA